UUUUUCUUCAUUAAUCACACCAAUUUAAACUAUAUCAAAUGCUCUAUUCUAGCCAUGGAUGCAUGACCCACCACUGAGCUUUAAAGUUUAUUUCCAGGACACAAGGCUGAUUCACAAUGAAUCUUUUCAAGUCUUUGGAUACUUCUACAUCUGCGGACAUCAGUAGAAAGAUGCUUUUCCCUGCGUGUCAAAACUUGACCUCUGGUCACAUUUAUAGACGCGUCUCACCACACCCAGGAGUUCCCCCUGAUCCAUGGAGCAUCAAAGCACCUGACUUCACCCCAAAACUGUACAAAUCUAUGGGUCUGCCACGAAUCAAAAGAAAAAAUGCUCACCUUUUUAAAUCCAAAGAUAGCCUGGUAGAUAAAUCCAUCAUUUCGGAAAAUAUGAACAAAACGACUCCCUCAUUAUUACCUGGACUUGAGCAAAAGAGAUAUAAAGCAAAACCAUUUAUCACAUAUUACAAGCCACCAGACUCACUAGAGUCAAAACUGUUGUUUGCGAAAACAGGAAAGUAUCCCAUGGGGCCAUACAAAGAUCCCAAACCUCAUAACUUUAGACCUUGUGCUGAAGGAAUGCCAGACAUAAUCACCUCAUUGGACAAGGAUUCUGGUGGUUUAAUUUUUAAAUCUGAAUACCUAAGAACAGUUGCAGAAAGCCAGCAUGAUCUGAACAUCUCUCACAGAGACAAACUGAGCAAAAUGGACACUUUCAAGCCUGCUGAUCCUAAAUGGGACUCAAUGCUAGUUCUACCAAAGAUGCCGUGGCCACCAAAAUCUGCAUCUUAUUCAGUGAGCAGAACAAAGUCACAUUUAUGACAUUUUAUUACCCUUUUGACUUAUUAACAUAUUUAUUUGUU